ACGAACAAAAAAAGAAAAACGUUCACCAAAACAAUCAAUACCUUCUCGUUCAAUUAAAGUCGAUAAUACAGAUGAAAUUAUUACGGAUAAAGUCAAAUCUUCAUUGAAAACACCAAUAAAAUCUAUUGAAAAACCACAAAAAAAACAAAUACGUCAACGAUUACAUUCAUCUGUACGUUAUCAAACUAAUGAAGAAAUAAAACAUUUUGAUGAAGAAGAACAACCAAUUAGAAAAAUAAUUGGUGUUGAAUCACAGAAGAAAAAAAAUAAAAAACGAUUUCAAAUUAUUGGUAAAGAAAUCAAAAUUAAACAUAAAAAUUCAGUACCAAAUCCUUCACCUGUUACCACAACCACUGCUUCUAUUCCAAUAACAAUUACAAAUCCUCCACCAACUACUACUACUACUACUACUACUACAACAUCAUCUCCUCCAAAUGUCGAAAUUCCUCAAACAACUUCAUCUCCUCCAAAUGUCGAACUUCCUCAAACAACUUCAUCUCCUCAACCACAAAUUGUCUCAACAACUACUCAUGCACCUCUUCCGACUAUUUCAGAGAUAAUUCAAGAGGAAGAAGCAGCAACAUUAUUAUCAACAAAACCAACAUAUUCUGAAGAAAUUGCAGAAGAGAUCAAUGAAGCAAAUGAAAACUUACAAGACACAACAGCAACAACAACAACGAUGUCACCGCCGAAUCCUAAUGAUAAUACAACUCCCAACGAAGAAGAUAGUGAAUCAAGUUCCAGUGAUAGUGACAGUGACAGUGACAGUGACAGUGACAGUAGUUCAAGUGAAGAUACAGAUGAUAAAGAUGACAAUUUGGAUGUCUCACCUAUGAAAAAAAUCAAACAAUUUUAUGAGAGUGCGAAAGAGAGUGUGCAUGAUGUCUUUGACUUAGACGAUGAUAAAAAUAGUUCUUAG